AUGGCUCCUUAUGAGGCUUUAUAUGGGCGUAGGUAUAGGUCACCUAUAGGAUGGUUCAAUGUUGGAGAAAAUCAGUUAUUAGGCCCAGAUUUAAUACAGCAAGCAGUUGACAAAGUGAAAGUAAUUCAAGAAAGGUUACUAGCGGCGCAGAGUCGACAGAAAUCUAAUACAGAUAAUCGACGGCGCAAGUUAGAGUUUAAGGUAGGAGAUUGGGUCUUCCUGAAGAUUUCGCCUAUGAAGGGAGUGAUGAUAUUUGGCAAGAAAGUUCAUGUGUCCAUGCUCGGUAAAUGCGUAAGAGAUCCUUCGAGGAUUGUACCGAUAGAUGAUAUCCAGGCGACUGAACAGUUAACAUAUGAGGAGAUCCCAGUGGCCAUACUAGAUAGGCAAGUUCAUCGAUUGCGAAGCAAUGAUGUGGCUACUGUUAAAGUUCUUUGGCGAAAUAAUAAUGUUCAAGAAAUGACUUAG